UACUUUAUUAAUACAUAUAUCCAAACAAAAGCAGGACUACCUAAAACGACAAGGAUAUUGACGUCGUAUCAGUAACUUUGUACACCGGCCAUCGCAAGCCCCAACAAGGAAAAAGCAAAACGACUAACCACUAACGCCGAGCCACGAUGGGCACAAGCCACGUGUCGUUCGCGUAUGGCCAAACAUGCCAAUUGUCGAACUCCAAAAGGUUCGAUUUUUGUAUUCACCGAAUCAUCCAGCCGAAGAAUCCAAACUCGCAAAGUAAGAAAAUUUCCUUUUCUUUGAUCUCUCUCUCUCUCUCUCUCUCAAUCAAUCAAUCAAAAGCCAUGGAUUCUGGAGAUGAGAAUGUGGAGCUUCUGAAUGUCGCGAUCCAGAGGCUGAUUGAGGAGAGGAAGAAGAAGUCAGAAAUCUCCGGCGAUGAUCAUCAUGACGACGAUGAACAGCUCCUUCUCUCCAGAUUGCUUUCUCAGUUGGAAUCACUAAAAGCAGCGAGAGCUCUUGACAAACCCGAGGCUUCAAAGGAAGAAACUUGUAGUAGGGAUGGUGGAAAAGAGAUAAAGAGUGAUCAAAAUGCUGGUGGUGAACGUGAUGAUAUUGACAAAGAAGAGAUUGUGAAAGAAGUUAAGAAGAUCAAGAAACAGAACUCUGUGACUCACUGGCUUCUCUCUAUCAUGAUUGUCGUCACUGUUGCUUGGCAAAUAUCCGAGGUGUCUCUCAUUUUGAAGCUUAAAGAAGGAGUAAGUGAAGGAAUAAGGAACCCGUUUCGGUACCUGGGAGGUAUGCUUGCAGGGAUGUUGAAACGCCCUCAAACUGGGCAGCGUGAGGAUGAAGACAAACUCAGCCACAUUGAAGCUCCUCCGCUCAAGAUUCCGGAGAUACCGCGCGUGGAAUUGCUGGAUUUGAGUACCAACGGUAAUUGAGAUUGAUGUAGUCCUUUGUUUUUAGGAUUUACCUUGAGCAUCUCUCUUCCUGAUUAAGAAGAGAGAGAGGUUCCAAAAGUGCAAAUACUCGUCUUUCAAAUUCUUUGCUUGUGUAAUAUGUUGAAAGGAUUGAGACCAUUUUUUGUUGUUCGUUUAAGGGAUCUUUGAUGGAUUACCUUUUGUUACGUGAAUGAUAUGUUCUAUUCUUGUUUA